AUGACACCCCACCAUCAGCAUCAACCCAAGCGUGACGUACAGCUUCACUCGCAUGAUUUUGAAUGGAAAGACCUUGCAAAGGAGUGUCAGGCUUAUGAAAAAGAUAGAGAAGAUACUGCAGACGAAAAGGACAAGCAAAAAUACUUAUGCGAGACACUAGAGCUGGCAAGAGAGGCCAAGGACAAGUGGGACACUUUUCACGAACGUAACAACGGCAAAGUAUACAAGCCUCGUAAUUACCUUGUAAAGGAAUUUCCAGAACUCUGUGCUGCACCGGAACGUCAAGUAGUAAAAGUACUUGAGCUUGGAUGUGGCUACGGUAGUGCAAUAUUCCCCAUUCUUGCUGCUUGUCCCAAUGUACACGCACAAGUUUGUGAUUUUAGUGCAUUUGCCAUUGACAUUCUUCAGCACAACCCCGAGUACGAUGCCACGCGAUGUCGCGCUUUCGUGUGCGAUAUUGCUCAGGAGGAGCUAGUAGGCGUUGCACCAGAUUCCAUUGAUAUUGUGCUUAUGGUCUUUGUAUUGUCGGCCUUGCCACCACAAUCGUUUGCCUGUGCUCUAGAAAAGAUUUUUGCCGUGCUACGACCUGGUGGAAUUGUUUGCUUUCGUGAUUACGGACGCUACGAUCUUGCCAUGAGGCGUAAUGCUAAGAAAUUGGCGCCGGGUCUGUACUACCGCAGCGAUGGUACCUUAGCAUCCUUUUUCUUGCGUGAAGAACUGGCCCAGCUGUUCGAGCAAGCAGGAUUUCGCAUGCUGGAAAAUGAAUACUGCACCGUUCGACUACGUAAUCGAAAGAAAGGAGUCAUGAUGGAUCGUGUUUGGCUGCAUGCCAAGCUUAAGAAACCAAUAGCUGCGAAAGGCAGUAAAGACACAUGA